AUGCCUUGCUGGAUGGUUGUCGACGAGGAGGAGCUGACGUAUAGGUGGGGAGAAGUCAUUGAUUACGUUCCUCCACAUGAUUAUUUAAGUCUUGCAUGCAGCCUGUAUGAAGCUGGAAAAGUCCUCGGAGCCACCUUCACCCCCACCACCGUACGCCCCAUCUCUCCUUCCUCUCUUCCCUCCUCUUCCUCUUCCUCGUCCUCUGCCUUACCCACGUCUACCGAUGGGGAUGCGGAUCGAGGGCCUACACCCGUAAGCGUUGCAUGCUUGGUUGUGAUCUAUGUUGAUGGAGGACGAAGACGAGGCCCGCUGAGCCGGGCAAGAGGAGCGGACCGCGGAGAUUAUCUGCUGAUGAUCAACAACACGCCCAUGGAGCGCAUGCUGUCUUCGAGCAUCUGGAACUUUGUUGCUGAGAAGCAGAGCUGCACCGUGUUGAUUCAAAAGCGAUCAUCGGGGGCAGUAGACAAGCUCGUCGUGCAGAUAGGAACAUAUCAGGACGCUUACGGAGCUGAUGAGAAUGAGGAUGUGAAUCCUGAAGAUCCAAUCACUUCCAUCGAGCAAGAGCGAGAUAUGAUGAUAGAGGACAGUGUUGGCCUCGGGCUGAAAAUAACAAGAGACGCAAGAGGAAGGUUUGUAGUUCAUGACAUGUCGCCGUUUGGAAGUGCAAGAUGGAGCGGGAAGGUGAACAAAGGAGACGUCCUUACCCAUGUGAAUGGAGAAGACGUGCGCUCGCUGUCUUUACAGAAAACGUUCUCAUGGUUGACAUCAUUUUUGAUGAAUUUUAUGGAUUCUAAGUGA